AUCGAUUUCUGCUGAGGGUCUCCAAGUUCCCUGUACUUGCACAAAGACACUGGACACAUCACAGCAUGGUGCACAGCGUCCUGCCCGAGUACUCCUAGCUCCUCCCCGCCCCGCCGAAUCGACAGAAGGGAGAACAAUAAUGGCGGUGAAGUGCAGCAAAGGAUUCAGUUACAAGGGUCCUUUCAGAAAGAGGCCUGUGUUGCCACGAGCUGACUAAGACUGCUGUGCCGUCGCUGUCACCGCGUGAUCGCCAUUGCAACACAAUUUCCUGUUGUCUCAAUUUGGCACUUGGAUCAAUCUUCGUUUCUUCGUACAUCCACAACCUCUUCGGGCACUACCAUGGCCCACUUCAAUCCAUUCGAGGAUCCCCAGCGAAACCGCGCCCAGUACAACUCCUCCCCUGUGCCGACCUCAUCGCCAUACCCUGCCCAGCCGCGACCUCAAUACCCGCCUCAGCCUGCUGCCUACCCUUCCUACCAACUGCGCGACGACGGAGAUGUGGGAUACGGCCCUGGACGACGCUCCCCGGCGUGGGUAGCAGGUGAAGAGGCGGAUGAGGAACUCAAGCCUCUGACUGCUGUUGGGGCAAACUCCUCCACUACAUUCCUGAACAGCGACCCAUACCUCAGCGGCGGCCCUGAGCUACCCAUCGCUCGGCCCAACUCCGCUCGACCUUCGUUACGCAGCGUCGCGUCCGAGUUUAUCAGGCGUCAGACGGCGCCCAAGCGAGGAGCGACUAUAAAGAAGGUCAAGCUGACAAAUGGCCAUUUCAUCAGAAAUUAUCCCGUCCCCGGUCCCAUCUCGAGUGCUGUUGAAGCCAAAUGGCUUGGUGACAAAUCUUCCGACGAGUUUACGCAUAUGCGAUACACGGCUGCCACUUGCGAUCCCGACGACUUUACGCCCAAAAACGGAUGGAAGCUCAAGACCGCGGGUUACAAUCGAGAGACAGAGCUGCUUAUUGCCAUCACAAGUUACAAUGAAGACAAGAUUCUCUAUGCCCGCACUUUGCACAAUGUUAUGCUCAACAUUCGCGAUAUCUGCAACACCAACGCUUCCAAAUUCUGGAAACGCUCCGCCGAAGAUGGUCAACCCGGAUGGCAAAAGAUUGUGGUGGCGCUCGUCGCUGAUGGACUGGGUCCAAUGGACAAGCAGGUCUUGGAUGUUCUGCAGACUAUCGGGGUGUUCCAGGAUGGUGUCUUGAAAAAGGAAGUGGAUGGAAAGAAGACUGUUGCACAUAUCUUUGAGUACACUACCCAGCUUUCAAUCGAUGCCACGCCUCAGCUUGUGCUUCCUCAUCCCGGUGAUGAGAAAAACCUUGUCCCGGUGCAAAUCAUUUUUGUUCUAAAGCAGGACAACUCCAAGAAGAUCAACUCGCACCGAUGGCUGUUCAACGCUAUCGGGAAACAACUCAACCCCGAAAUUUGUGUUCUUCUCGACGCGGGAACCAAACCUGGACACAAAGCCAUAUAUCACCUCUGGGAAGCUUUCUACAACAAUCCUAAUCUCGGCGGAGCUUGUGGCGAAAUUCACGCGAUGAUCAAUAAAGGGGUCAAAUUGUUGAACCCGCUCGUGGCUGCUCAGAAUUUUGAGUACAAGAUGUCCAACAUUCUUGACAAGCCACUAGAAUCAAGUUUUGGGUACGUUUCAGUCUUACCGGGAGCCUUUAGUGCGUACAGAUAUCGGGCUAUCCAAGGUCGUCCAUUGGGCCAGUAUUUCCAUGGUGAUGCCACUUUGGCUAGUAGGCUUGGAAAGAAGGGUGUCGAGGGUAUGAGCAUCUUUACCAAAAACAUGUUCUUGGCCGAAGAUCGUAUCCUAUGCUUCGAACUCGUCGCCAAAGCACACGAGAAAUGGGUUCUCCAAUACGUCAAGCCGAGCAAGGCUGAGACCGACGUGCCUGAGGAAGCCGCAGAGCUUAUCAGUCAACGUCGACGAUGGCUCAACGGUUCUUUUGCGGCCUCUGUUUAUUCAGUUGCUCAUUUCUUCCGGCUCUAUCGAAGUAGCCACAAUCCGAUCCGAAUGUUCUUCUUUCAUAUACAGGCUUUGUACAACCUUUGCAGUCUGGUCUUUUCUUGGUUUGCUCUCGCCAAUCUAUGGCUCACAUUCACUAUCGUCAUCCAACUGCUUCCUCAAAGCUCCCACAUAUACUUGUUUGGUACUGAAGAGGUCACACACUGGGUCAAUUUGGUCUUUCAAUGGAUUUACAUGGCAUUCUUGAUUUUGCAAUUCAUCUUGGCUCUUGGAAACAGGCCAAAGGGAGAAAAGGGGCUGUAUCUGCUGACUUUCUGCGUAUACGCCUUCCUAUCCCUUUAUCUCAUCGUUUGCUCAGUCAUCCUAUCUGUAAAGGCCUUUCAGGGUGCAUUAGGGCUAAAUAGCGGUAUAGAAGACAAAUUGAAGAGCCUCUUCAAUUCGACAAACGGUGUGAUGGUAGCCGCGCUCAUGUCUACUAUCGGUAUCUAUUUGAUCGCCUCCUUCCUCUACCGAGACCCAUGGCACAUGUUCAGCUCCUUCCCUCAGUACAUGCUCUUGGCCCCGUCCUUCACUAACAUCUUGAAUGUCUAUGCGUUCUCUAAUUUACACGACAUUAGCUGGGGAACUAAGGGCUCGGACAAGGCGGAGGCGCUGCCCGCUGUGUCGUCGAUGAAGAAGGAUGGCGAGGCACCUGUGGUCGAAGAUACUCAACGGAGCCAAGAAGAGCUGGACGAGUCGUUCAAGGAAGUCGUACAGAGGGCGGUCAAACCUUUCAAGGUAGAUGAAGAGGUCGAGAAGCCCAGUGCAGAUGACGAAAACCGAACCUUCCGAACCCGACUCGUUGGUAUCUGGCUUCUGUCUAACGCGGCCUUGGCCAUCUCCAUUCAGACUUUGAACGGAAUCGAUAAUACCCAAUCUUCGGUCGAGGCCUGUCUUCCCGACGAUUACAACCCCAAUAACGGAUCUAUUGUUGUUUCAAUGAACGGCACUUGUAUCGAGAAUGCUUUGAAGCUGGACGAUGCAGAACUGCAGGACAAGCAGCAGAUCUACUUUAGGAUCUUGCUUUGGGUCACCUUUGGGCUGUCCAUGGUGCGAUUCAUCGGGUGUGUGUGGUACUGGCUUGUGAGACAACUGGGCAGAUGCUGCAGGAAGAACUAGCGGCUGUAUGUCAACGGCGGACAAUAUACCAUGCCUCCAUACCCUCCUGUAUACUAUUUCUCGACGUCCCAUUUACGAAGAUGAUCACGAGGCCCUCCAGAACAUGUAUCGUCCUGAAGUUCUCUACACACGCAAUAGGCAUCAUUUGACCUGCUCGAGUAUAUUCCAAGGCUG